AUGGAUAUUCCCAAUCUGUUAAAUCAACCAACCCAAACCGUCAAAGAGAAACCGUGCCUGUGUCACUGGCAUGGCUGCGGGAAACGGUUCUCAAGGCGAUCGGAUCUUAUUCGUCAUCGACGGAUUCACACCGGCGAACGGCCUUACCAAUGUCACUGGGUAGGCUGCACCAAACAAUUCAUUCAAAGGUCCGCCCUCAUUGUCCAUUUGCGAACCCACACCGGGGAACGACCUCACAUAUGCGAUUAUGAAUUCUGUGAAAAGACUUUUAGUGACUCUUCAUCUUUAGCUCGCCAUCGACGAACACACACGGGCAAUCGACCGUAUGCUUGUUACUGCGGGAAAUCGUUUACGAGAAAAACCACUUUAUCAAGGCAUCAACAAAUCCAUCAUCGAUUUCAUUGUCAUUAUAACCUUCCUCCCAAUACCCCAUCACCUUUUCCGAACCCAUCAUCGUCUAUACAUGUCUCUUGGUAA